AAUUAUAUGAAUCAGUUAUUAAACAAUAUAACAUACCGAAAUACCACAUUUUCAAACAGUUUCAGUUUAUAAUUACAACAACUCUAUAAUGAAAAUUAGAACUAACCUAUAUUUAAUUACGGCGAUAGUGCUAUCAUCAAACUUAUUGACACUAUGUGAAGGCGACAGUGACAUUGAUCAUGAACCAUUCUCUGAUCAGUUAGUUGAUCACUUAGAUGAUCAUUUAGAUCACUUAGAUGAUUUACAUGAUUUAGUGGGUCCUUUAUCAACUAAUGACAAAGUUAUUCAUAGUGUUGAAUUAGUUCAACAUAAUGGAGAUACAAUGACUAAAUACGCAACAACAUCUCAUACAAAUCAAGAGGCAAAUAAUGAAAUAUUUACUAACACGAUUCCUACCAUCCAACAAUCUAAUGUGCCAGCUACUUUUACAAAAGUAAUAAAAAAAACGAUAAUAAAAAAAUCUAAUAAUGAUGGAAAUAAUUCCCCAGAAACCGAUUUUUCAAUGAAUGAUAUGUACAGUAAAAAUAAAAUGAAAGAAAACGGAAUCGUUAAUUCAAUGUCAAAGUCUCAAACUUUAUCUCAAAUGGAUAACAUGGAAAAUAUUGAUUUGUCAGUUAUGCCUUCACAACAAAAUUCUGAUCUACAAGGUAAUAUAAAAAAUAUAAUACAUACUACAGUAACAAAAACAACUACAAGUGGAAGUCCGUCAAAUGAAUUAAACGAAUCUUUUAGUAGAAAAUAUAGUUUAGACGGAUUACCUUCAAAUCAUAUCAUAUCUACAAUGAGUUCUAAAAACUCUAAUUAUAAUGACGGAACUGCAAGUUCAGGUUUCUUACAAUCGAAUUCAAUGGAAGGAAAUAGUAAAAUAAAAAAAAUUUCAAUGACAGAAGAUGUAAUUGAUGGGAAUGGUAUAAAUACAUCAAAACGAAUAUCUCGUACACCAGCGGGUUCCUACAGACGCACAAAAACUACAAUAAUAAAAGAACAUAGUAUAGAUGACAACGAUAAUCGUAGUGAUUUAGAUAAAUCUACUUUAGAAUUUAAUACAGAAACAUCUCCAAUCAAUAUUGCAUCAUCAUUGACAAACCCUUUAGGGUAUGAUACACUAACUACUACAAAUAUUGACAGGGAUAAUUCUAAUAAUAAUGCAUUUAAUCAAGGAACCCCAUCCAGGAGAGAACAAACCCGUUUAAACAAAUUUAAUGUCCUUGGAAAUUCAGUAUCUGAAAUUGGAAUUUCUCAGAAUCCAGACUCAUUUGUACAAACCAAAACAACAAUAAUAAAAAAUGAAAGAGCGGCUGAUGGAAUUAAACUUGAUAAUUUAAAUGAUAACAAGAUAAAUUUUGAUAUUAACGAUGGAAUUUCUAACCUAAAUAAUGACAUAAAUUCAAAUUAUAUCAUAUCUUCGAGUAAUAAUGGUAAUGAUAACGACGAUGAUUUUAGUUAUAAUUAUGGUUAUCAGAAAGGUUAUGGUAAUAAUCUUCAUAAUAAUUACAAUGGCAACUCUUUUGGUAUUUCUGAAAAUGAGUACAAUGGUAAUUUAAUUUCUUCCAAUAUGUUGGAUAAUAAAUAUGUUCUUAUACCUGAGUAUAGUAAUGGAAAAGGCAUGAAAAAAAAAAGAAAGAAAAAAGGUAGUAACAAAAAAUAUAAAGGCGGUAAGUCAAAAAAUAAAUCAUAUGGAAAUAGAAAAAGAAAUGGACAAAGAAAAGUUAAAAAUGAUCGUAAUUAUAAAAAAACAAGAUCAUCAAAAACAAGAAAUGGAGGAAGUUCUCGAUAUUAUUCAUCAAAUGGUUAUGUUAAAGGACAAAGCAAGUCUUUAAAUGGAGGAAGUUCUCAAUAUUAUUCAUCAAAUGGUUAUGUUGAAGGACAAAGCAAGUCUUUAUCAUCUACAGAUAGUGCAUCAGAUGAAAAAUUUAUAGAUGCAAAAAUGUCGUGUCAUUGUAGAAAAGGACAAAAGUUAAAUAAAAGAGAUAGCAGUGAAAGUAAUCAAAGUGGUAUUUCAGAAGAACACCUUGGACCAGAGAGUCAUUAUUCAAGUAAUUCUAUGAAUAAUCAACAAAUGAAAAAUAAUGGUGACUUCAUUGGAUUACCAUCAUUACUACCUCCAUUCAUGGAGCGUGAACCAUCACAAAAUUUAAUUUUUAAAAUGAUAUCAGGACAGCGACCAGAUAAAUUAUUUAAUGAUGGGCAAUCAGGUGUAACAACAGUCUUAAAUAGACAAGGGGAAACUAGAAGUCAACAAAUUGACGAUCAUCAAUUACCCAAUAUUGAUGUUCCAAAUAAUUAUUUAACAUACCAAAUAACAAAUAUGGGUUCACUAAAUAAGCCAGAUUUUAAGCAUGAACAAUAUUUUGGACCACCAGAUUUAGAUCUAGGACCUGGUCCGGGUAAAGGUCCUUAUCCCGACAAAGGUCCCGGUCCCGAUCCCCGUGAAGGUCCUGGUCUCGGUAGAGGUCCUGGUCCCAAUAGAGGCCCCGGUCCUGGCAAAGGUCACGGUCCCGGUAAAGGUCACGGUCCCUGUAAAGGUCCAGGUUUUGGUAAAGGUCUAGGUCAAAAAGCUAAUCUAUUUGAUUCUAAACAAUUUUAUGACGGUGACUAUCAAAAAUACUUUGAUUUUGAUCAACGACCAUCACUACCGUCUCUUCCAUCGCAGUUCCCAUAUCCAUAUUCAUUUAAUAAAGAUAAUCUUUUUGAUUUUUCUAAAAUGGAUUUAACUACUCCUGAGUUUAUGAAUAAUCAGCCUGGAAAAGAAAACCAAAUAAACUUAAACACUAUUUCAUCUCAAAUACAACAAGACAGUGAUAUCGAAGGCUCUGGGUUCAAUCAAAUGGACGCAGUUAAUUCAAGAUCCAUGAGUACGUAUAAUAGCGGUCCGAUUAUAGAGUUUAAGAAAACAAUCAAAACAAUAACAAAUAUAGAUGAUAAUAGUAGUCCAGAUAGGCAUAUUGUUCAUAUUGUAUCAGUUUCACCUGAAGUUGAUGGUAACAAUACAUAAUAUUCAAAAUUAUUCAAACGAAUAAAAAAUGAUAAUAGUAUUACAAUGGAUUUUAUUAAUGAUUAUUGAUAAAAAAAAAAAAAAAAAAAACUAUAAAUUGUUU